AUGUAGUCUUUCUCUCUCAAAUCAUUUAUAAGUUAGACAUGUACUUGUGCAGUAUUGCUAGUAUUUACUGAUGUUAACAUCAUGCUAAUGUGACCGUUUUCUCAAGGACUUCUGGACCUUUAUAAGUGAUGCUCAAUCUUUCAGAGGUGUGAUAAAAGUAUAUCAAGUUGACUGUGUACGUAAUUAUCUAAUAUCUUUAGGUGAAUGAACUCUUAGAAGAAUCUCUGGGCUUCACUAAUUUGGUAGACAUGUGAUUUCCUGGGACCUGCAACUGUCUGUAGUCGGGGAUGAAUGUUGAGUGCCGCUCUAUUCUUAGACCGGGAGAUAGGGUUCGGUGGUUGGAUGCUAGUGCUAAAAAUAUCUGAAUGUGUGUGUUUCCGAACAUCUCUCUGCAGGAUGACGUAGCUUUGCCAAAGACUUAGAAGCUAAGCAGAAAAUGAGCUUAACAUCCUGGUUUUUGGUGAGCAGUGGAGGCACCCGCCACAGGCUGCCGCGAGAAAUGAUUUUUGUCGGGAGAGAUGACUGUGAGCUCAUGUUGCAGUCUCGUAGUGUGGAUAAGCAGCAUGCUGUAAUCAAUUACGAUGCCUCUGCGGAUGAACAUUUGGUCAAAGAUUUGGGCAGCCUAAAUGGGACUUUUGUGAAUGAUGUAAGGAUUCCAGAACAGACUUACAUCACCUUGAAACUUGAAGAUAAGCUGAGAUUUGGAUAUGAUACAAAUCUUUUCACUGUAGUACGAGGAGAGAUGAGGGUCCCUGAAGAGGCUCUAAAGCAUGAGAAGUUUACCAUUCAGCUCCAGUUGUCCCAGAAAUCUUCAGAAGCAGAGUUGUCAAAAUCUGCGUGUGCCAAAAGCGUGGAUUCAAAGGUAGCAGAUGCUGCAGCCGAAGUACAGCACAAAGCCCCAGAGGCGCUGAAGGCGGAGGAGAAAGCCGCAGAUACUUCUGCCAUGCCCCGUGGCACUCCAUUGUAUGGGCAGCCUGCGUGGUGGGGGGAUGGUGAGGUGGAUGAAAAAAGAGCUUUCAAGUCAAAUGGCAAACCAGAAGAAAAAAAUCAUGAAGCUGGAACAUCAGGGUGCAGUUUAGAUGCCAAGCAAGUUGAGGAACAGUCUGCAGCGGCAAAUGAAGAAGUACUCUUUCCUUUCUGUAGGGAACCAAGUUACUUUGAAAUCCCUACAAAAGAAUUUCAGCAACCAUCACAAUUAACCGAAAGCACCAUUCACGAAAUCCCAACAAAAGACACAACGAGUUCCCACACGACAGGUGCAGGGCAUGCUUCCUUUACCAUUGAAUUUGAUGACAGUACCCCAGGGAAGGUAACUAUUAGAGACCAUGUGACAAAAUUUACUUCUGAGCAGCGCCACAAGUCCAAGAAGUCUUCACCUGGAACUCAAGACCUGCCGGGGAUUCAGACCGGAAUGAUGGCACCGGAAAACAAAGUGGCGGACUGGCUCGCCCAGAACAACCCUCCGCAGAUGGUGUGGGAGAGGACAGAAGAGGAUUCCAAGAGUAUUAAAAGUGACGUUCCAGUUUACUUGAAAAGGUUGAAAGGAAAUAAGCACGACGACGGAACACAGAGCGACUCCGAAAAUGCCGGGGCUCACCGGCGCUGCAGCAAGCGCGCGACUCUGGAGGAACACUUCCGGCGCCACCACUCGGAGCAGAAAAAGCUGCCGAAGGGCCAGGCUCCCGACAAGCAUCAAGACCAAGCUGUUACUAGCUCUGCGCAUCACAGAGGGGGGCAUGGUGUCCCACAUGGGAAAUUGUUAAAACAGAAAUCAGAGGAGCCAGCGGUGUCAAUCCCCUUCCUACAAACUGCAUUGUUAAGAAGUUCAGGGAGUCUCGGGCACAGACCGAGCCAGGAGAUGGAUAAAAUGUUAAAAAAUCAAGCCACUUCUGCUACUUCUGAAAAGGAUAAUGAUGAUGACCAAAGUGACAAGGGUACUUAUACCAUUGAGUUAGAGAAUCCCAACAGUGAGGAAGUGGAAGCAAGAAAGAUGAUUGACAAGGUCUUUGGAUUAGAUGACAAUCAGGACUAUAAUAGGCCUAUUAUCCAUGAGAAACAUAAAGAUCUGAUAAAAGACUGGGCUCUCAGCUCUGCUGCCGUAGUCGUGGAAGAAAGGAGACCACUGUGCACUCCUGGGUUUCACAACUCAGAGGAAGUCCCACCUUCAUCCGGAAGCAAGCGUUGGGUUUCACAGUGGGCUAGUUUGGCUGCUAACCACACGAGGCAUGAUCAGGAGGAAAGGAUAAUGGAACUGUCUGUACCUGUUCCUUUAGAGAACGAUGCAGACAUCAACGAAUCGGGCAUUUCCAUGCGAAGCGCUGGCUCGGCCACGUCCUUGGCCAGUCAGGGAGAGAGGAGGAGACGGACCCUCCCCCAGCUUCCGAAUGAGGAGAAGUCCCUGGAGAGCGCCAGAGCCAAGGUGAUGAGCCAGAGGUCAGAGAUAGGAGAAAAGCAAGACACGGAGCUUCAGGAGAAGGAAACCCCUGCGCAGGUGUACCAGAAGGACAAGCAAGAUACGGACAGAGCCCCAAUGAAACCGAACAGGGCGGUCAACGGGGAGCCUCUGAAAACUGGGGGGGAUGGUAAAGUCCUGCUGCACUUGGUCAGCUCCUCCCCUGCCAAGGAGAAAGGGGAAGCGGACAAGGAAACUUCUUUGGUAAAGCAAACAUUAGCUAAACUGCAGCAACAGGAGCCCAAGGAGCAGGCCCCGUGGACACCUAAACUAUCUUCCAAAAAUGCCCCGGGUCAGGCAGAGAGAAGUAGGGAGGAAUCUUUUAAACAGGAGUCACUGGCUCCAGAAAAAAUUCCGGGACAUUCUGCAAGCAAAGGAGAAAGAGUGAUACAAAGCGAGGGCAAGCGAAGAAAAGCUGAGGACAUUCUGAAGGGUCACACUUCGAAGGGAGGAGACAAGAAGGAAUCCUCCAAGUCCUUAGUGCGACAAGGAAGCUUCACCAUAGAGAAACCCAGCCCCAACGUCCCGAUAGAACUUAUCCCCCACAUCAAUAAACAGACUUCGUCCACACCCCCGUCUCUGGCGCUGGCAUCUGCCAGCAGAAUACGUGACAGAAGCGACUCCAUGGAGACUGAUUCCAGUAUGGACACUACCCUUAUUCUGAAAGACACAGAGGCGGUGAUGGCUUUUCUCGAAGCUAAGCUUCGCGAAGAUAAUAAAACGGAUGAAGGCCCAGAUACUCCCAGCUACAACAGAGACAACUCCAUCUCACCGGAGUCUGACGUGGACACAGCCAGUACCAUCAGCCUGGUGACCGGGGAGACCGAAAGGAAGUCAACCCAGAAGCGGAAGAGUUUCACCAGUCUCUAUAAAGACAGGUGUUCUUCGGGUUCUCCUUCCAAGGAUGUUGCAAAAUCAUCUUCUGGUGCUAGGGAGAAAAUCGAGAAGAAAACAAAAAGCCGAUCCACAGAUCUAGGCUCCAGAGCAGAUGGGCGUAAAUUCGUCCAGUCCAGUGGGAGGAUCAGACAGCCUUCGGUGGACUUAACCGACGACGACCAAACCUCCAGUGUACCUCAUUCUGCUAUCUCUGACAUUCUGUCGUCCGAUCAGGAAACCUACUCCUGCAAACCUCAUGGAAGGACUGCCCUUACCUCAACAGAUGAGCACGCGCAUUCCAAACUGGACGGAAGCAAGGCCACCAAGUCUAAGGCUUCGCCUGUCGCGCCUGGUUCAUCCAGUAAAUCCACCACUCUCCCAAGGCCACGGCCCACCAGGACUUCCCUCUUGCGCCGAGCACGGCUUGGGGAAGCGUCAGACAGCGAACUUGCCGAUGCGGACAAAGCAUCCGUUGCUUCUGAAGUGUCCACAACAAGUUCCACAUCGAAACCUCCCACGGGAAGGCGGAACAUCUCUAGGAUUGAUUUACUGGCUCAGCCUCGGAGAACCCGGCUGGGCUCGUUAUCAGCCCGCAGUGACUCGGAAGCCACCAUCUCUAGAGGUAGUGCCUCUUCACGGACCGCGGAAGCCAUCAUUCGCAGUGGAGCCAGACUAGUUCCUUCGGAUAAGUUUUCUCCUAGAAUCAGAGCCAACAGUAUCUCUCGACUCUCAGACUCCAAGGUCAAAAGUAUGUCCUCCGCGCAUGGCUCUCCUUCAGUAAAUUCAAGAUGGAGGCGCUUUCCUACUGAUUAUGCUUCCACCUCAGAAGAUGAAUUUGGAUCAAACCGUAAUUCCCCUAAACAUACCCGUCUACGUACUUCUCCAGCCCUGAAAACCACUCGGUUGCAGAGCUCUGGGUCAGCAAUGCCUACGAGUUCUUCGUUCAAGCACCGGAUCAAAGAGCAGGAAGACUACAUCCGCGACUGGACUGCGCACCGAGAGGAGAUAGCCAGGAUCAGCCAAGAUCUCGCUCUCAUUGCUCGGGAAAUCAACGACGUAGCGGGAGAGAUAGACUCGGUGACGUCCUCGGGCACCGCCCCCAGCACCACAGUAAGCACUGCUGCUACCACCCCUGGCUCUGCCAUAGACACUAGAGAAGAGGUAGGAGACCCUCAUGGAGCGAUGCAUAAGUUGGUUGAUCGUGUUUUUGAUGAAAGUCUCAACUUCCGCAAGAUCCCCCCACUGGUUAAUUCUAAAACACCGGAAGGAAACAACUGUCGAUCUGGUGACUCAAGGCCCCAGCCAACGGAGCCGCCCGAUCACCUGACCAUUACAAGGCGGAGGACCUGGAGCAGAGAUGAAGUCAUGGGAGACAAUCUGCUGCUGUCGUCCGUCUUCCAGUUCUCCAGGAAGAUUCGCCAGUCCAUAGACAAAACCGCCGGGAAGAUCAGAAUAUUAUUUAAAGAUAAAGAUCGGAAUUGGGAUGAAAUAGAAAGCAAAUUAAGAACUGAAAGUGAAGUUCCUAUUGUGAAAACCUCAAGCAUGGAGAUCUCCUCCAUCUUGCAGGAGCUGAAGAGAGUUGAGAACCAGCUGCAAGUGAUCAACGCCAUGAUCGACCCGGAUGGCACCCUGGAGGCCCUGAACAGCAUGGGGUUCCCCAGUGCCCUGCUGCCGUCGCCCCCGAAGCAGAAGUCCAGCCCCGUGAACAACCACGGCAGCCCGGGCCAGGCGCCCGCCCUCUGCCCGCCGGAAGCUCGGGCCCUUCACCCCGCCACCGUCUCGGGCUCAGCCGAGUUUGAGAACGCGGAGUCCGAGGCCGACUUCAGCAUCCAUUUCAACAGGUUCAACCCCGACGGGGAGGAGGAGGACCUCGCCGUCCCCGAGUGACUUUCUGGGGGCUGUUAGGAAGGAACGACCUGUGGAAUGACCGGGAAUACUGGCAGCAGCGUGGUGUCGACUUGCACAAAACAAGACAGCUUGGUCAAGUACAAUCUUGUUAUCUCUGGCUUUUUAAUUUUAUUUAUUUAUUUUCCCCCCUCUAACGUGGUAUCAUAGUCAUCCCUUCCAGCCACUUAGAUACCCACUUGGUGCACACGUAGGAAAAAGCAGAUCGUGGCAAUUUCACCUUUUGUGGUUUAUGGUUUCCAAAUUGAAUAUAAUGACAUCCUUUCCCUGCACAGAUUUUUGUUUCUGUUUUUUUAAAGCCGUGCUGUGACCUCCAGGCAAGCUAAAUGCCCAGCAUUUCUGGCCCCUGUGUCUCCGUGCCAAGCUGCUCCCCGAAACGGACUUUCCCUUCACCUGUACAGAUUUGUUAAACACUUAUAUUUACUUCUCAGUAAUAGGAUUUAUAUUAGUACUCAUCGCCAUUGGAUACAGUGAUCUAUAACUCUCCACAGUCAAACUGACCUUUUAAAAAAAGUCAUUCUUAUGUUCUAAAAUUUUCCAACAUACAUGUGAUUUAUAUAAUUUUGUUGCUACGUAAAUUGUCUUGGGGUUUCCGGAGAUGAACUAUUAUGUUUGCACUAAGAUUUGCUGGGAGUGGUAGGCGGGCGUAUCUGUAGAUCAGUAAGGACUAACCGCCCUUUUUUGUACAUAGGAGACUGAUAAUACUGUAUUCAUUUUAACCCUACAGCGUUUUACUCCACUUUCAAAAAAGAUGAAUUUGGCACUUUUUAAACAUUUUUUUUUACGGAAGUAAGAUUUUUCUCUCUCGCUUUAGGGCCAAUGAUAACUAGAGAGAUUAAACUGGACAGAUAGUGUAGGUGGAGUCUAUUUUUAAAGCUAAGAACAUGUAUAUUGGUCCCGUGUUACCGAGUUUCUAUGUGACGGUUGAAAAAAAAAAUUCCCCGAAACGAUCAUGAAGUUAAAAUUUUCUGUGUUAGGACACUUGGAGAACCAGUAGUCGUAAGCUUAGUCGGUAGUCUCACUCCCAGGCAGAGUGAAUUGCUUCUGUGUGUUUCCCUGUAGGACCCACUAGUGAAUUCCGUCUCCGUCUUUCUUCCUCGUUUAUAAGGACUCUGCGAGACGACAGCGACAAAGGGCCUGUGUCACUGAACGGAAAGCCAGUGACAAAUGUCUUCUGUAAACCUGUUUUCUUCUCUUUCCAGUAAGGUCGCAUUUGGAUAAGUUUUCAAAGAAAGCAAGUACCUUCGUGUUUCCAGAACACUAUAAUUUGGGUGAAUCUUAAUUCAGUUAAAUGUUAUUAGUAGACUUGGAGUUUUCCCUUGACGCCAUCAGUUUAUAAAGGUUAAAACCGCAACCUUUGCAAAUUAAUGAAAUGGUCCAUAAUGUAUCAGCAAUAAUCCUGUGCUACAUUUGUGUUAAGAAACUAACUAUACACUGCAGAACUUUACAGGAUUUUAUAAAAAUCCUGUACUGUUGGGCCAGUUAAUAAAGAUGCAAAAAGAACAGCAAAAAAUACCCUUUUGUAGAGAUGUAAAAACAGAAGUCUGUUGUGUGAUGGAUCUCAUGUUUUUCUUUAAAGUUUUUUUUCAAAAGGGUAAAUGAACUAUUUUCCUGGUGAAGCUAAAUACCCCGUUCUAAUAAAGGAAGACUGAAAAAACGUUUUAAAGAACAUGAAUGGAAAGACACAAAUGCUUUGAAGAAAUAAAUGAAACUUUAAAACAGGGUCAGUCCAUUUGAAGAAACAAUGAAACAACAUAAUCAAUUGUCCCUUCUUUUAUUGAAUGUUUGGGUACUGAUUAUGUCCCCGGGGAGGGAGAAGGUAAGGAGUUGAUUAGGAACACAUUAGCAUCUGUCUCCUUACAUUAUUGUUUAAGUGUUUACACAGGUUUGUUUAAACAUUUGGCCUUUUACUAUGUUAUUUUUAUUUUUUAAUGAAUACAUUAUUCUCCUUAUUUAUUUUUGUUACAUUUAUUACUUAUGUUAUUUUGUUAUGCAUUUACAACUCCAUUUUUAAAUAAAGUGUUUCUGGAACUUUA